AUGUCGUCCUCCUCCGAUCGAGAUGAUGAUGAGCUUUCGGAGUCUGCCCGUGCUGUACUUCGAAUUCAGCAAGAAAUCGAGGACGGCGUCUCCGAAGCUCCACGCAAGACAUCUGGCUCCUCAGGGAAUGGGCGAACACACGGAGCUGUCACUGGUAUUGCCCUCGGCGAGUAUGCAGACUCGCCAAAAGCCUCCAAAGCCUCCAAAGCCUCCAAAGAAGGGGUGCAGAUCCGAGCAAAGGGCAGCAAGGCUGGCCUCUUCAAGGAGAGCCUGGAGUCACUGGCCUACCGCGAGGAUUCUGAUCACGAGGUGAACCCGGAAGCUCCGGCUGGAAGCUUUCGGAAGAAAGAUCUUCAACAGGAGGAGCGUGACAGAAGCAAGAAAGCGCGCGUGGGGUUGGAUGGGAAGCUCUACCAAUUCAUCGAUGCUCCAAGCGAUGAUGAAGAGCAUCAAGCUUCAGACGCCAACGAAGGCAAAGAGAAGACAAAGAAGAAGACAGGUACGAAGAAAGAGAAGAAGGCGAAAAAGGCCCCAGACUUGGCCCCAGGGAUACCCAGAAUCAAGCAAACCUUCCGGGCCCUUGUGGACCCGAGAAAUCAUCCUGUUACCUAUGCAGGCCUGCUGGAGUGCCAGCUUCCCGUGCUCGCACUGCGCAGGUCUCCAGCGCUGACUGCCCGAACAAGCGUCACGCUUGGACCGGUGCGGAUUAUGUCACCGCAUGCAUCACAUGUUCCGUUGUCCCCACAAGUGCCAAUAAAGCCGAUUGCAGCGCCAAGAAUGAGUGUCCAGCAGCCGGUCACAUUAUUGCCACGCAGCGAAAUGAUGGCGUGGUUGUCUGCUGCCCGAAAUUUUGUUAUUAACACAGACUUCGAUGUGGGACCGUUGCUCGCGGACCGGAAGAGAAGCAUUAAUGAGUUGAUGAACGUUAUGAAGGCAAACAGCGGUGGAAAGGGAACCAUACAGGCACUGGGAGACAAAAUUAUCUUGAGCAAACUGUUGGAGAAUCUUGGUGUUCCGCAGAUGCCAGUGCUGCUCUCUACGUACACCAAAGUGAACAAGGCGGAGGUCGAAAAGCUUGUUGAAACCUGGACACAGAGCAGUGAUCCGGAUGCCUACGACGUCGUCAUCAAGCCGACUCAUCUUAGCAGCGCAACGGGUGCUGUGAUUAUGUCAAAGCCCAAGUGGGAAAAGGAGCAGUGGAGUGCUCCGAAGCUCAUUGAGCACAUGGAGACUUUCUUAGAGAAGAAGGCAGCCGACAGCGAGAGCGAGGCUCUCAAGUCGCUGGUUCCUGGUUUUGUUAUCCAGCCGCGAUACCGCUCGUCUGUCGGCUUCAAUUUUCCGCUCGAGCUGCGAGUUGUAACUAUCUGGGGCAAGGCACGCGUGGGAAUUUGGUGGUGGGGCCGCGUCGCAGAUCCGAAAGGGAAGAGAACUACUUGGCUGGUGCGGGUGCCGAAAAAUUCUGGUCAGCUUUCGGACGACGAUGGCUGGGAGGUGAUCCACGAGCACGGAGGUCAGAACCGUGGCUUCGAGGUGUCGCUGAAGCUCUUUCGCGAAGCGAUGCCGGCCAUGUCGGCUGCCGCUGAGAACAUUGCCACAGCUGUUGGCGCACCAUUCUUGCGCUCCGACUUCUUUGUCGGCAGCGAAGAGUGGGGAGUUCGCUUGAAUGAAGUUGCUUAUGGAAGUGGGGUGGACUACAAGCGUCGCCUCCCUGGUGGCACCUCAAAGCAAACUCGCGGUGGCACUUGGGUCGGUGGGUUGGUGGACGACGGCCCAGCCAUUGCGGAGAUCAUUCAGGAGGGCUUCAGGCUUUGCCAGCGUAAACCGCCAGCAGAGUUUCUGAAAGUGCUGGGAGCACGGACAGCGCUCUACGAGGCACCCACAAGAGGGAGAUCUCCGGACUCACGGCCAGCGGAGCCGCUCAUGAAGGUCGAGGCCGUUCCACAAGAGAAGCGCUCAAGACAACUUCCGGAUGAUGCAGUACGGGACCUCAUCGGUCUGUACAAGAGUCCGGGUAACAUGCUUUCACAAACAGGGCAAGUUCAGGCAUCAAGCUGCGAGACUCAGCCAGCACAAGACCUACCGAGUGCCGGGAAUGCCGGGCUCAGCGCUCGAGGUGGAGCUUACCCUCGAGUUGUGCAAUGCUUUUCUCCAGGUCUGUCGCAGGGUCCCCCUUCUUUCCAGCCGAGACCGAUUUGGAGACCAUCACUGCCCUCGGUGCCUUCAUUCGUGGCCGCGCCGGCGGUAGUGCCCGCACCAGUGGUGACUCCGCCGCUGGUAAAGCAGACGCCAUACAAGACAGUACUUGCACCGGCAAGCCCAAUUCCUCGACGCGAGGUGAGUGUGGCCACCUGGAGACCUAUGCAGGCCUGUUCAAUCACUGCCAGUGUCUCCCCUUACGGAAGAGGAGUCGUCAACCAUCGGACGAGCUUCAGUCUUUGCGGAUCGAUGUGCGGCCUGCCACCAGAUGCCUCUCGCUGGGUUGCCGUGGAUGGCUUGGCAACUCCGCUCUAG